CUUUCAAAAGCCUGAAUUGGUUCCAGGGAAAAUAAUUCCCCCCCACACACUUCCCCCCCCCCGCAGGGGGAGAGUUUCCCACCACCAUGGCAGAAUCCCAAGAGAUGGUGGAGCUGCAGCGAGAGGUGAUGGAGGAGUUGGGCAUCUCCUUGGAGGACCUCAAGCAGUUGAUUGAAGAAGAGCUGGAAAAGUCGCAGGGCGUCAAACAGCGGAAGGAGGAGCUCGAACAACUGGAGGAAUGCGUGAAGCUGAAGGAGGCCGAAGUGGCUCAUGUGGACCAGCUCCUUGACAGUGCUGUGAAGGCUGUGGAUAAAUGCGAGGUUCUGGUGAAAGACGUCUACGCAAACUUGGGCCUGGAGUACCGGGAGACCGAUUCAGAGGAGGAGGACGCCUCUUCCCGGCCCAUGGAAGUGAUUGAGAUCCCCGACGAGGACGAGGACAACGACGUCAUGAGCAUCGACUCAGCGGAUGCAAGUAACAAAAUUGCCAAGGACCAGUCACUGCUCCGAGAAGCAAUGGCCGCCAUGAGGAAAUCUGCCCAGGAUGUGCAGAAGUUCAUGGACGCGGUGAACAAAAAGUCCGGCAGCUUGGAUUCCCUUAGAGGAUCCCAACAGGUGAGCCCCGGCUGCGAGAUCACCCAAGACGGCGACCUUAUGGUGGGGGACCGCAUCCUGGGCAAGAAGCGGACCAAGACCUGGCACAAAGGAACACUGAUCGCCAUCCAGACAGUGGGUCCUGGCAAAAAAUACAAAGUCAAAUUUGACAACAAAGGCAAAAGCUUGCUGUCGGGCAACCACAUCGCUUACGACUACCACCCCAUACCCGACAAACUCCAUGUCGGGAGCCGGGUUGUAGCCAAGUACAAAGACGGGAACCAGAUGUGGCUGUAUGCCGGCAUCGUAGCUGAGACGCCCAACGUCAAGAACAAGAUGAGGUUCCUUAUCUUCUUCGACGACGGCUACGCCUCCUACGUCAUCCAGUCGGAGCUCUACCUGAUUUGCCGGCCCCUCAAAAAGUCCUGGGAGGACAUCGAAGACAUCUCGUGCCGGGAUUUUAUCGAGGAGUACGUCACGGCGUACCCGAACCGACCGAUGGUCUUGCUGAAGAGCGGACAGCAGAUCAAAACGGAAUGGGAGGGAACGUGGUGGAAAUCCCGCGUGGAGGAAGUGGACGGGAGCCUCGUCAAAAUCCUGUUCCUGGAUGACAAACGCUGCGAAUGGAUCUACCGAGGCUCCACCCGCCUGGAGCCCAUGUUCAGCAUGAAGACGUCGAACGCCUCCACCCAGGAAAAGAAGCAAGGGGGGCAAAUGAGGACCCGGCCGAAUGUCGGGGCCGUGCGGAGCAAAGGGCCGGUGGUCCAGUACACCCACGACUUGACGGUGGCCAGCCCGCAGCAGUUUAAGCCUGUAGAGCAACCCCCAAUCCCCAUCGUGAUGUCCCAGCCGGUCUCGCCGCAGUUCGUGGAAGUGGACAGUCCCGAGAGCCAACUCGCUCAGGCCAAGAAGCAGCAGGUGGCCAAGAAGAGCACUUCGUUCUUGCGCCCCGGGUCGGUGGGGUCGGGACCGCCCUCUCCGACUUCCCCCGUCCUGAGCGAAACGCCUCCCGUUGGGAGGACUGGGGUGGCCCAGCAGUUCCGGUUCUCGGGGGCCCAGCCGACCGGCGGCCCCGCCCAACCCUUCCACGGCAUGCUGGACCGGGUCCCCAACGAGCCUUCCUACCGGGCCCCCGUGGAGAAGCUCUUCUACCUGCCCCACGUCUGCAGCUUCACCUGCCUCUCCCGCGUGCGCCCCUACCGCAGCGACCAGUACCGCAGCAAGAACCCCCUCCUCAUCCCGCUCCUCUACGACUUCCGGCGCAUGACGGCCCGCCGGCGCAUCAACCGCAAGACGGGCUUCCACGUGGUCUACAAGACGCCCUGCGGCCUGUGCCUGCGCAGCAUGAACGAGAUCGAGCGCUACCUCUUCGAGACGGACUGUGACUUCCUCUUCCUGGAGAUGUUCUGCCUGGACCCCUACGUGCUGGUGGACCGCAAGUUCCAGCCCUACAAGCCGUUCUAUUACAUCAGUGACAUCACCAAGGGCAAGGAGGACGUCCCGCUGUCCUGCGUCAACGAGAUUGACAACACCCCUCCACCCCAAGUGGCCUACAGCAAGGAGCGCAUCCCCGGAAAGGGGGUCUAUAUCAACACCAGCUGGGAAUUCCUGGUGGGCUGUGACUGUGAAGACGGCUGCAGGGACAAGUCUAAAUGCGCCUGCCAUCAGCUGACCACCCAGGCCACGGCCUGCACCCCCGGGGGCCAGAGCAACCCAAAUUCCGGUUUCCAACACAAGAGGUUGGAAGAGUGCCUCCCCACAGGGGUUUACGAGUGCAACAAGCGCUGCAAAUGCAACCUGAACAUGUGUACAAACCGCUUGGUGCAGCACGGCCUCCAGGUGCGGCUGCAGCUCUUCAAGACGCAGAACAAGGGCUGGGGCAUCCGCUGCCUGGACGACAUCGCCAAGGGCUCGUUCGUCUGCAUCUACGCAGGGAAAAUCCUGACGGACGACUUCGCCGACAAGGAGGGCCUGGAGAUGGGCGACGAGUACUUCGCCAACCUGGACCACAUCGAGAGCGUGGAGAACUCCAAGGAGGGCUACGAGAGCGAGGCCAAGUGCUCCUCGGACAGCAGCGGCGUCAACCUGAAGGACGAGGAGGACGAGAACACGGGCUCGGAGGAGCCCGAGGAGUCCAACGAGGACAGCUCGGACGACAACUUCUGCAAGGACGAGGACUUCAGCACCAGCUCCGUCUGGCGCAGCUACGCCACCCGCCGCCAGACCCGGGGCCAGCGGGAGAACGGCGUCUCGGAGACCGCCUCCAAGGACUCGGGCCUGGCCCGGCAGGUCAGCCACGAGGAGCCGGUUCCCUGCAAGCCCCCGCUCUCGGAGGAGACCUCCAAGAACAAGGUGGCCUCCUGGCUGAGCUCCAACACCAUGUCCGACGGCUUCCAGGACAACGACAGCCGCUCGUCCUUCCGGCUGCAUGAGCCGGCCAGGGCCGAGAGCGAGAGAGCCGGGCCGGCCGGCAAGGAGGAGUUUGGCCUGGAGGGGGACCUGAAGGCGAAGAAGAAAGAGGAAUCCGAAGACCAAGGCAAACCUACACUAGCGUGCAACCUGAACAAGUUGUACGGCUACAACCCAAAUCCGGUGAUGCCCGAAGGAAUCCGGCGGCCGCUCAGCAAAACUUCUAUGCAUCAGAACAGAAGACAGUCGGAGCAGCAACUGGGCCCUGCACACCAGGAUGUACUCAUGCUCUCCAGCAGCACUGACAGCGAGGGAGACAACGGGAGAGGCACGUCCGGGCAAGCCCCAGGCAACGCCAAUGACAGCGACGACAUCCAGACCAUUUCUUCCGGGUCAGAGGAAGAGCCGGCGGCCGACGGGAAGAAGAACCCAUCUUCCAGGCUAGGGCCGGUGAAACGCCAAGUGGCUGUGAAGUCCACCCGGGGAUUCGCCCUGAAGUCCACUCACGGCAUCGCCAUCAAGUCGACCAACCUGGCGUCCGGGGAAAACAUGCCCGUCCGGAGGAACACGCGGCAGUUCUACGACGGCGAGGAGUCGUGCUACAUCAUCGACGCCAAGUUGGAAGGCAACCUGGGCCGCUACCUCAAUCAUAGCUGUAGCCCGAACCUCUUUGUGCAAAACGUCUUUGUGGAUACGCACGACCUCCGCUUCCCCUGGGUGGCCUUCUUCGCAAGCAAGAGGAUCCGGGCCGGCACCGAGCUCACGUGGGACUACAACUACGAGGUCGGAAGCGUGGAAGGCAAGGAGCUGCUGUGUUGCUGUGGUGCCAUUGAGUGCCGUGGCCGCCUCUUGUAAGGUUUUCGUGGGUCUGUUUUGUUCAUUUCCGGCACGUGGGUCUUUUCUCCCCCGGAGAGAUUGGGGGGGGGGAACCCUCGCCCCAGAAGGACACUCCGCGAACCCCCGCGCCUCUCAUUUUACGUUUCGGUUGUCGUCUGCCUCACCAUUGUUUCGGUUUCACACCGUUUCGGACGGGUUUGUGCUGUGUGUGCGUGUUUGUAAAGGACUCCUCCCUCCCUUCCAUU